CCUCUUUGGCUUCGGCGAGGUACAAGCCGCCAUCAUGGGCCGCAGACCCGCCCGCUGUUACAGAUACUGCAAAAACAAGCCCUACCCCAAAUCCCGCUUCUGUAGAGGUGUCCCAGAUCCUAAAAUCAGGAUCUUCGACUUGGGUCGUAAGAAGGCCAAGGUGGACGAGUUCCCACUAUGUGGUCACAUGGUCUCCGAUGAGUACGAGCAGCUGUCAUCAGAAGCUCUGGAAGCUGCCCGCAUCUGCGCCAACAAGUACAUGGUGAAGAGCUGUGGCAAGGAUGGCUUCCACAUCAGAGUGCGUCUCCACCCGUUCCACGUCAUCCGCAUCAACAAAAUGUUAUCCUGUGCCGGAGCCGAUAGGCUCCAGACUGGUAUGCGCGGUGCCUUCGGUAAACCCCAAGGCACAGUGGCCAGAGUCCGCAUUGGACAGGUGAUCAUGUCUGUCCGCACCAAGGCUUCAAACAAGGAACAUGUGGUUGAAGCUCUGCGGAGAGCAAAGUUCAAGUUCCCUGGACGUCAGAAGAUCCACAUUUCAAAGAAGUGGGGAUUCACAAAGUUCAAUUCAGAAGACUUCGAGGGUAUGGUCGCUGAGAAGCGUCUCAUUCCUGACGGCUGCGGCGUCAAGUACAUCCCCAGCCAUGGUCCCCUGGACAGAUGGAGGGCGCUGCACGCUGCAUAAAGGGGCUGCACUUUUUAUCUGGUUCUUCUGAGAUUGUCUCAAUAAAGAUCUAAGUACAGUAAUCGA